CUCAGUAAACAACAUAUCAACUGGCAGCACAUCAGUAACCAGCAUGCAAUAUGUAAACAGCAGAACAGAGAGCCACCUGAGCAAUCAGGUAGAGUGUGAAUUAGAGAGUGUAGGGAAACAAGGGUGGGUGAACCAGGCAUACUGUGGUACCCCUCCACUGGUAGGGCACUCCGUCAGCACUGUCUACAACAUUUCACCCCAAUUUGGUGCAUCUAACUCCUACCAGGCUGAGACCAUGGUGCUAAAUCAGCAGCCGGAGAAGAAGAAAUCUGGAUGCUGCUCUGCUUUCCUACGAGGAAUUAAAGGACUAUGGGGAACGACAAUGAUGGAGGACACAUCAAAAAAUCAAGAGCUCCUGCUCAAAACAACUCUUAGAGAGUUAUUUGUCUACAUUCUGUUUCUAGUGGACAUGUGUUUAUUGACCUAUGGCAUGACCAGCUCAACCACCUACUACUACACUAAAGUUAUGAAUGAUUUGUUUGUGAAUUCAUUUGAAUCUAUUGACAGCAUGGAAAAUUUUUGGACAUAUGCAGAAGGUCCACUGAUUGAUGGCCUUUACUGGACCACAUGGUACAAUGACCAGCCUCUUGACACUGGGUCACACUCCUUCAUUUACUACGAGAACAUGCUCGUGGGAGUCCCACGUAUGCGACAGAUAAAAGUCAAAAAUAGUUCGUGCCAUGUGCCCAAAGACUUUCGUACUGAAAUCACUCACUGCUUUGAUGUGUACAGUGAGAAGAAAGAAGAUGACGGUGCAUUUGGACUUGUCAAUGGAUCAGCUUGGACAUACCACACAGAAACUGAAAUGAAAGGGUCAACCCACUGGGGUUUGUUGGCCACAUACAGUGGAGCAGGAUACUAUCAGGACCUUGGCUUGACCAAAAACAAAAGUGUUGCUAUCCUGGCACAACUCAAAGAAUACCUGUGGCUAGACCAUGGAACUAGGGCAGUUUUCAUUGAUUUUUCCACAUAUAAUGCCAACAUCAAUCUCUUCUGUGUUAUAAGGUUGGUGGUUGAGUUCCCUGCCACUGGUGGAGCAAUACCUUCAUACCAGAUCCGAACAGUUAAGCUGAUUCGGUACAUUAACUCAUGGGAUUACUUUAUCAUUGGCUGUGAGAUGGUCUUCUGCGUUUUCAUCCUUUACUACAUUGUGGAAGAGAUACUGGAGGUCCGUAUACACAAGUGCUCAUACUUCACCAGUAUCUGGAACAUUCUGGAUGUGGUAGUGUUACUGCUUGCUGUUGUCGCAAUCGUCUUCAAUGUAUUCCGGACUAUGAAAGUAAACAAACUGCUUGGAAGCUUACUAAAAGACCCUAGCAUCUAUGCAGAUUUUGAAUUUCUGGCAUUUUGGCAAACUCAGUACAAUAACAUGAAUGCCGUAAACUUGUUUUUUGCUUGGAUCAAGAUAUUCAAAUACAUCAGUUUCAAUAAGACAAUGACACAGCUGUCCUCCACACUGGCGCGCUGUGCCACAGACAUCAUGGGGUUUGCUGUUAUGUUUUUCAUUGUGUUCUUUGCCUAUGCUCAGCUGGGAUAUCUUCUGUUUGGUACUCAGGUUGAGUCAUUCAGCACAUUUCAAAAAUGCAUUUUCACCCAGUUUCGGAUCAUCCUUGGAGACUUUGACUACAACGGCAUUGAAAAAGCAAACAGAAUCCUGGGGCCGAUAUAUUUUUUCACUUAUGUGUUCUUUGUCUUCUUUGUGUUACUGAACAUGUUUCUGGCCAUCAUCAAUGAUACAUAUUCUGAGGUCAAAGAGGAGCUCGCCUCGAACAACGAUGACCUCCAUAUUACAGAUCUUUUCAAGCAGACCGUGAUGAAGCUGAAAUUCAAAAAGGACAGGAUCUCGGAUGUUCAGAAGGCUUUUGACGGGUCAAAAGACUUGGAGUUUAGGGACUUCAGAGAAACGCUAAAAGAAAUGGGUCAUGAUGAUCAUGAUAUCUCUGAAGCUUUCUCCAAAUAUGAUCAGGAUGGCAAUCAGAUUCUAGACCGUGAGGAGCAGGAGAGAAUGAAACAAGAGCUGGAGUCAAAAAGGAAUGCACUCAAUGCAGAGCUUCGUAAUCUUACACAUGGAAAUAAAGCAGAAGACAACAAGAAGACAAACUCAAGCUCAGUGAAUCAGGAACAGUUUCAGAUGUUGGUUAAACAAGUGGCUGAAUUGGAAAGUAGUCUAGUCAUCACAAUGUCCAAGAUUGACAUGGUCAUGGAAAAAGUAGGAUUGCAGGACACUGAAAAAGCAAACAAUAGACAAAGCAAUGGAAAAUCACCUGGCACCCAGAAAUGA